AUGCCUUCCAGACAAGAAGUCUCCUACUUUGGAGCGGGCCCUGCACCCCUCCCCACCUCCGUUGUCGAGGCGGGCGCAAAAGCAUUCGUCAACUUCAACGACUGCGGUCUCGGUCUCGGCGAGAUCUCCCACCGUUCCUCCGCCGCCACCAAGAUCCUCGAGGACGCCAAGGCAAACCUCAUCGCUCUCUACGAUAUCCCGGACAACUAUGAGAUCCUGUUCAUGCAGGGUGGUGGCAGCGGUGGGUUCAGCUCCGUCGUCCAGAACCUCGUUCCCGUCUGGAUCGAGCGCCGUCGUCGCCGCGCAGAGGCCGACGUGAAGCAGGCCCAGCCCGGUGCGGAACAGGCGCAGAUUGACGAGUUGGUGUUCCAGAGACUGCAGAAGGAGGUGGACGAGGAACUGAAGUUGGAUUACCUCGUCACUGGAUCUUGGUCGCUCAAGGCUUCCCAAGAAGCGAGCAAACUGGUCGGAUCCAAGCAUGUGAACGUUGCGCUUGAUGCCCGCAAAGCCAACGGUGGAAAGUUCGGCAAGAUCCCUGCUGAGGACUCCUGGUCCUUGACCCCUACCAAGAAGGAAGGUGGCAAGGGCUCUGCAUUUGUCUACUACUGUGACAACGAGACCGUUGAUGGUGUCGAGUUCCAACAAUUGCCCAAGUCAUUGGAGCCUCAGGGCCAGGACGCCGAGGAUGAGCGCCUCGUCGUUGCUGAUCUGAGCUCCAACUUCAUCAGCCGCAAGGUUGAUGUCAGCAAAUAUGCUGUCCUUUUCGGCGGCGCACAGAAGAACAUUGGUGUCGCGGGUAUUGCUAUCGCCAUUGUCCGUAAGGACCUGCUUCCUCCCCAAACCGCCACUCCUCCCCCGGCUCUCCUUCAGCGAUUGAACAUCGGUGGUCUCCCAGGCCCCGUUGUGUUCGACUUUGCUACCACCGCCAAGAACAACUCCCUUUACAACACUCUCCCCAUCUUCAACCUUUGGGUUGCCGGUCAGGUCAUGGCUGAUCUGGUGGCUGAAUUCGGCGCUCAGAAUGUCGGCGGCCAGGAGGCCGUUGCCAACCAAAAGGCGCAACUCAUUUACGGUGCUCUGGACAAGUACCCGCAAGUGUACCAGGUCGUGCCUGAUGCCAGCGUUCGCAGUCGUAUGAACAUCUGCUUCCGUGUCAAUGGCGGAGAUGACGCCAAGGAGAAGGAGUUCAUCGCUGGCGCUGAGAAGCGUCUCCUCCAGGGCCUCAAGGGUCACCGCAGUGUCGGUGGUAUGCGUGCCAGCAACUACAAUGCUGUUCCUCUGGAGAAUGUGCAGAAGCUAGUGAAGUACCUCGAGGACUUUGCUACAGGUCUGUAA